CCAUUCUCACACUUCAAAGUCAUUAUGUCACAAUCUGGUCGAGACCACGCAACUCAUCCUGGCCAGAGUCAAUCAACUAAUCAUUCCCCACGGCGUACAACACCACCACCUCCGGUCACGAACGUCACGAACUUUCUUCAAAAUCCGGAGUUUAUUCAAGGUUUGUCUUCAUUAAUAGCUCGAGCCAUGCCUAGAAACUCGAGUACAAUUCCGUUGUCGAUGCCGUUGACUACUAACCCAACAGAACAUCCAACUCAUACCCGAAAUGACCACGAACCACAUGUGGCGACGUCACAUGCCACGUCGCAGCCUCAUCACACCUCUCCACGUCAAGAAGAACAGCCUCAUGUAAUUGUUAAUCCAACAACGAACAAUCAAGUCCCAGAUCAGCCCCCUGUGCAAGAGAUGACUGCUGAAAGUCAUUCUGCUCAUCACCAGAGAGUUUCCCCGCGUCCUAGACCUAUCUCGUCAGCACCACACGCUCGCGAAGAUUUACGACGCCAGAUUGAACGUAAUCGUCUUUCAAGGCAUAGUGUAGAAGAAAUUGAAACUCUCCGUAAACGCCUGGCAGAACUUGAGAUGCGACAGAAGUCGCAAGAAGAUUUACCCCGACAUGUCGCGACGUCGGGAAACGUUGUUGUCGAGGCGGAUUCUUCUUUAGCCCCCGAACUUACUGCGGAACUACUCCCUGUGAAGGUGAAAAUCCCACAAAUCGGCAUGUAUGAUGGGACGUCGGAUCCAGAUGCACACUUAGGCCAUUAUACGUCUUGGAUGGAUUUACAUGGAGCUUCAGAUGCUUUGAGGUGUCGGAUGUUCUCGCUCACACUGGGGCCACGAGCCCAAAAAUGGUAUUACACUCUCCCACCUCAUUCAAUUUGGAAAUGGCAACAGUUGCGCGCAGCCUUCCGAUCACACUUUAUCGGUGCCCAAACUUGUCUCAUUCCCAAAGAAUCAAUCACCAACAUCGUACAAAAAGACGAUGAGACUGUUAAAGAUUACGUGGCUCGCUUCAACGACCGGAUUCAAAAUAUGGAACCCUGUCAUCCUGAAACUUUGUUAGUAACUGCUAUUGCCGGAUUGAGGCCCAAUUCAAUGUUUCGUUGGACCUUAU